AUGCAACCCCCAACCACCCCCUCACAAUCCGACCUCGCCAGCAUCCGCACUGUAGUCAACACACUCCUCACGGCCCUCCACGCCAAAAACAUCCCCCAAAUGCUCUCAACAAUCCACCCGGACGCCCACAGCCUGACCUCUCACGCCGGCAAGUUCGAGUCGCGGCCUUCAACUACGCAUAUUGAGGACACUGGGAGACAUACAGCAGAUCUAGAGGAGGUAUUUGUGGAGCCGUGGGAUGUUAGGGUGUGGGGAAAGAUGGGUGUUGUGCUUGCGAUGAGUCAGAUUAGUGUUGAGGGGAGGGUCGUGAUGAGGGGGUGGAAUUGUGUUGUUCUGCAUAAAUUUGCGGUGGGUGGGGAGGAGGGAGGAGAAGGACAAGGGGAGGGGUGGAAGAUCACAGCUAUCACUGACUGCUUGGUGCCGGCGGAGGGGUAG